ACCCGAAGAGUUCUUCAUUUCUUGAGAUGCACACAGAUACACCGACUCAACCUAUAUUGCUUAUUGGGCUUAUCGUGUUUGCCCUCGGCUUACCCGCGAACUUUGACUUUGAACCGGCCUCGCCAGGUAGCGCAAUUUGCUAGGCUUUUUCCCUAUCCCAACACGUUUUGCAAGGGCACUUGAAAUAAUGCGGUAGUAUUUAAGCAGCAUGGAGGACCCGAAAAUCGCGGAGCUCCGGCGGGGAGUGCGCCAGCAGCUCCAGCAAGCUGGCGUUCAGGGCGUGCUGCACCAGCUGCUGCUGGAGUACCAGAAAACCGGAGAGGUCGUGACGCCCGAGGAUGCGCUCGAUGUGCUUCAGGGCCGGGGCGUCAUCGACCAGCUUGUGCGGUCCGUGAGGCCGCCGCAACCGGCGCUGGAGUCCUUGGCGCACCUCAGCAAUGUGGGGCUGAUGAAGCCAGCUGAGCUGCCUCCCGGCCGCGCUUUCCUGCACGUCAAGGUCCUAGGCGGCCGUGCCUUCGCCGACUUUCUGGCGCGCGCACCCCACCGCGGCGAGCAGCUGCAGCUAGCUCUCGAGCUUUUCGGCCAGCGCUUCACUUGUGAGCCCGUGCCCGCCGGCGCCGAGCCGGCCUUUGCUGGAGAGGCCUUCUUCGAGUUGCCGGCCGGCGCAGGAGCAGCGGCGGCCGCGGCCGCGGCUGCGGCCGGCGGCGGCGCAAUGGGCACGGCGUCGGCUUGGGGGGCCGCGGAUGCGGCGGCGGGGCUAGGGCCGGGGUCUUCAGCACUGGGAGGAGGAGGGGGAGCGGCGGGGGUGGCGGGGGGUGGCGUGGACCCGCUGUCACUGUUGUCGCUGCGGCAGGGGCUGCAUCUGGUGGUGAUGGCGGUCAGCCCGCUGGCUGCUGGAGAGGAGGGCAGCGAGGAGGCGGACUGGGCACCCGGGCCCGGGCCCGGCUCCGCCGCCUCCGCCGCCUCGGCCAUCGUGGCCGCCGGCCGCCUGGCUCAGCGGCUGUCUGUGCGGCGGCUGGUGUGCGCGCUGGGCUCGGCGGAGUGGCGCACGGUGCUGGUGCGCAAGGGCAAAGUGGUGGUCAGCGUGCAGCUGGGCGCAGGGCCGGGUGUGUUGGGCGGUCUGCCGGUGUCCGCCGCGCCAGCCGGGCUGCUGACGCUGCAGCUGGAGCUGCGCCCGGGCUUCAGCGGGCCGCUGGACGAGGCGUUGCUGCGGAGCCAACAGCGCAUGGAGGCGGCGCGGGACGCCGACGUCAUGACCGCCUUCGUGGCACACGCCAAGGCCUGGUGGGGCGAGUACGUGUCCCAGAACCUGGCCUUCAAGUCCCGGCCCAUCAAGGUCCUGGCCACGGCCGAGGACGGCAGCCAGCACCCCGUGUGCUCCUUCGUGCGGCCGCUGCAGCUGGGCCGCCUGCUGGGCGGCGCGCGGGAGGCGGCGCGCUUCGUGAGCCUGCUACGGCGGCGCGAGGACCUUGCGCCGCUGCCCACCGCCGGCCAGAGCGAGGUGGCGGAGUGCUGGUGCCUGCUGCACACGGUGCUGGCGUCGGGCAGCGCGACCAAGGAGGAGAUGGCUGUGCUGCUGGCCGGACUGCUGCUGGGCUUCGGGCUGGACGCCUGGGUGGUGGUGGGGCGGCUGGCGGACGGCGCGGGGCACACCUGGGUCAUGACGCGCGGGCUGCUGGCGGCGCCCACCUUCUGGGAGCCAGCCACUGGCGUGCGCUACAGUGCCACCGACGUGGACACCUGGCCCUACGCCUCCGUGGGCUGUGUGUUCAACAACCUGCGCCUGUACGCCAACUGCCAGUGCGACGACUCGGCCUUCGGCACCUCGUACGUGUUGGAGGACGCCGCGCUGUGGCGCGAGCUGCCCAUGCCGCCCUCCGAGCUGCCCGCACUGCCCUGGAGCCCCAUCCCCCUCGCCCGCAGCCCAUUGGCCGGCGCCGUGCUAGCGGCACAUGCGCCCGCCAUCACCCGAGCCCUUGCAGGGGUUGGGACCUCAGCGGCAGGGCCGUCGGCGUCAGCAGCAGGGCCCGGGGCCGGGGCCUGGGGCGGGGGCGGGGGCGGCCUGGGUGUGGUGGCAGUGGCGGUGGACACGGCGGCGGUGGAGGCGGCGCUGGAGGCGCAGCUGCGGCAGGCGGUGGCGACACACCGGCGCGCCGUGCUGGGGCCGGGCGCGGGGCCGCUGCGGUGGGAUGAGGGCCUGUCGCACCUGCUCAUGCCGGCACUGGCGGCGUACGAGCACGAGGCUGUGCACUGCGAGGUGGCGCCCGGCAAUGAGGAGUUCCAGUCCGCCAUACGGAGGUGUGUGCCUCUGGGCUGGGUGUUCAAGGCCAUGCCGCAGCACCACGCACACACCUGUGUGCCGCUCAUGGCCAAGGCGCUGCUGGAGGAGGACCAGAUGCUGGACAUACUCGGCACCACCGCCGCCACAGCCAGUUUCGCGCUGCGCGUCAAGGUGUUCGCUUACCCGGAGGGCCUCACCAGUGUUUGGCUCAUGUUGGCAGUCAAGUACAGCGCCGUCGCACCCGCGUGAGCGCUCUUACGUGCUUGUCUGGAGGCAGCCCUGGAACCGGCCCCGGAGGCCACUCGGCAGGCUUACAACCCCGGCGACGGGCGAACGACGUCGCUGGCGACCAACGACUGCAAAAUUUGUCAUGGUGUGCGGUUGCACCCAGCAGGGCAUGCAAAUAUAUACUGACGCUGUAUCCGCUGCCAUUUCACUGCUGCAAUUGUGGGGUUCGUGGUUUGAAGAAUGAGUGAGCGCCGUCGAGGGUUUUUCCUAGGGUUUCAAUGGACAAUGGACAGAUCGAGUGUGGACGGCAGACUCGCCACUUCGCUUUGCACGGCGCCGCCGCUAUUUGUAACAUGAUGAGUCC